GACCAAUAUCCAGCAUAAACCCAACGCGCCUUCUUUCUUUUUUCAUUCUUUCAAUCAGAGUGCAGACCUAGUUUUCUUCUUCAUUUUUUCAAAGUUUUUCCUCCGUCUAGACUCCAAGUUCAAUCCUAAAAUGUUGGGCCUGUUUUGCCUUUAUAAUGGCAUACUCUGAUACACUUGGCGUCCUCUUUGCUGCUGGUGUUUGGUGCGCUUCUUACGCAUUUGUUGCACUUCUAGGGUUCUUUCAAAGGUUCCAUAUCUUCUGCUCCUCCAUUUUGAACUGAUCAAAAGCACUUCAAGAAGCAAUUAUGGGAUAUGCACAACUUGUCAUUGGCCCAGCCGGUAGUGGGAAGUCUACAUACUGUUCUAGUUUGUAUGACCACUGCCAGACAGUGAGGCGAACAAUUCAUGUUGUUAACUUGGAUCCAGCUGCUGAAAACUUUGACUAUCCAGUUGCAAUGGAUAUUAGGGAGCUCAUUUCUUUAGAGGACGUGAUGGAGGAGCUCGGUCUUGGUCCAAAUGGUGGACUUAUAUACUGCAUGGAGCAUCUCCAAGAGAAUUUGGAUGACUGGUUAACCGAGGAGCUGGACAACUAUUUGGAUGAUGACUACUUAGUCUUUGACUGUCCUGGUCAGAUAGAACUUUUUUCACAUGUUCCAGUACUUAAGAACUUUGUGGAGCAUUUGAAACGAAAGAACUUUAAUGUUUGUGUUGUAUACUUACUUGAUUCACAGUUCAUGACAGAUGUAACCAAAUUUAUUAGUGGCUGUAUGGCUUCACUUUCUGCUAUGGUUCAACUUGAGCUCCCACAUGUUAACAUUCUAUCCAAAAUGGACCUUGUGUCUAACAAAAAGGAUCUUGAGGAUUACUUGAAUCCAGAACCCCAGCUUUUGCUUGCAGAGUUGAAUGAGCGAAUGGCCCCUCAGUUUCAAAAGCUAAACAAAGCCUUAAUUGAGGUGGUGGAUCAGUACAGCAUGGUAAGCUUCAUACCUCUAGACUUGAGGAAAGAGCGAAGCAUACAGUACGUAUUAGCACAAAUUGACAACUGUAUUCAAUUUGGGGAGGAUGCCGAUGUGAAAAUCAAGGAUUUUGACGAAGAGGAGGACUAGGGAUUUCUGCGACUUGUUGAAGAUUCAAGUCCUGCACACAAGGGUGAACUUGUCAUAUAAUAGCGCUCUUCAAUGAAGUGUCUUUACUUUUGUUUGGUAUGAUCUUGAAAACAUGUUUUGUUCUACUAGCAUUUCCAAAUGCCAUGAUCUUGAAUGAUUGCUGAAAACAAUGACCAAAUUGAUUAUCUUCAUGCAUAAGAAUGCUAGAUUACCUAGUAGAAGAGAUUUAAAAAUCA